GGGCCUUUCUAGGGUCUUGAACGUGGCAGUCAGUAUACACAAAUAUGGCGGCCAGAUGAGAGCGUAAAGUUAAUUUCCGGUACUGAAAAUGGCUGCGUGGGCUGGAUUUUCAGAGGAAGAACUACGAAAAUUGCAGCACAACGGCGAUCUCAUAAACCAGGCUGUGCCUGUCACAUUGGGUCGUGGCCGGAGACCUGCUCCGACUAACCGGAGCAGACAGCAGCUGCAGCGGGAGAGGGCUCUGCAGCUGGCAGCCAAACAGGAGGAGGACAGCCACUCUCUUCCACUUGAACAACAGCUUACCAAGACCCCAGACCCACCUGUUGUCAGUCAUCCUGCUCCUGUUAAAUCACGGGACGAGUCCAAACCGUUGGAGUCGCAACUGGUUCAGCAUGAGGCAGAACCUGUUGACCGAGAACCACCUGCAGAGUCUGAACCACCAGCAAUCGUCAAGGAGCUGGACAAGCAGGAAGUGGAAUUGCGAGAGAAGAACCGUCUGCAGCAGUUGCAGUGGGAACAACGGGUAAUGGAGGAGAAGAAUAAAAAAAGAAAAGCUCUCCUUACAAAGACCAUUGCUGAAAAAUCCAAACAGACACAGGCUGAAGCUGUGAAACUGAAGAAGAUCCAGAGGGAACUUCAAGCACUGGAUGAUUCUGUGUCCAAUGACAUCGGGAUUCUCAGAAAACUGAUAGAGCAGUCCAGCAUGGAUUAUUCUCUGGCAUGGAAGCGCUUUGAGAAAGCAGAGGCCGAAUAUGUUGCCGCUAAGAUGGACUUGCACAGGAAGACGGAAGUGAAAGAGCAGCUGACGGAGCACCUGUGUGCAAUCAUCCAACAGAAUGAGCUGCGCAAGGCCUGCAAACUGGAGGAGUUGAUGCUUCAGCUAGAGCUAAAUGCUGAGGAAGUCCCCAGCUCAGAGGAAACGGAUCUACAGGACAAAGAGAGGGAGGGCAACUCCCAGCAUGUUACUGAAACUGGUCCCACAGCAGACAUGGAGCAGCGUACAGAAGUGGAUACCUCAAGUCUGAGCAAAGACUGUUCCAUUACAGAACCAAAGAUCAGCCAAGACAAUCAGGAGAGCAAAGCAACAGAUGUUUCUGCAGAUGGGCUAAGCUAGCUUCCAAGCAUCAUCAUUUUAAUCGUGGCUAUAUGACAGUUUACAUAACACUUGCUACCAGCUUUAGAAGUUUCUUCAUUGUGAGAUGAACAAACCAAUAACCCUGCAUUUAUGACUUAAAUUUUGACGUUUUGUGAGACGCAAAGACAGCCUCGGCUCAUUCCAUAACACUAAAAUGCCUUUAUUAUGGCGCUCGGAUAUUGACUAUGAUCCGUUAAAUUCAGUUGCAAUAAUAGUUUUUGGUUUUCACUGAAGGUGCUACUUGAUCUGCAUCAUUCCAUAUUUUUAUUGUGGUUCUUUUGGAUGUCAGUCAUUGUGCAUUUUAAUCUGUCUUACAUUAAGAAAACAGAUAAUCUCUUGAAAACAUUGUCCAUCUUUAAACACUAUAAAAUACUAAAUACUGUUAACUUUACCGAUUGUUCCAUAACUGUGAUAUUAUUCAAAAUGGAAUUGUGGCAGAUGGUCUGGUAGUUUGUAGUUGUGAUUUAUUUCACAUGAUGUUGAGUGAAUGGUGGAAUCUUUUAUCUGUAUAUGGCGGUUGUCUCGUAAAAAUAACUUUAUGCGAAUGUUAACAAAUCAAUAACAGCAGUUUUUUUUUUUAUUAUACAAAGAUGACCGUUUGUUCAGCAGAGAUGAGAACAAUUGUUUUGUACUGUAGUGGAAAAUACUUUUGAAGCUAUGGGAGAAUACCAUAGCUGUUUUUCUAAAUACAUAUGUUGUAUGUAUGUAAUUUAUGCUCUUUCUAAUAAAACUCCGCUAUUCACCAACUCUUAAAAACCUUUAACAUGCUGUACGUUAUUCGGGGAAAAAAAUCUUUUGACUGUUUUGAAUAUGUUUAAAUAUAUAUAUUUUUUAAAUGUCAACUGUAUUCGUGUGCAUUAUAAUAGGUAUGAAGUAUGCUAUGAAUUAUGUGUUGGGAAAUAAAAUAUUUUAAUACUGUUAA